AUGGACAAGCUUCAAGCUGAGAACGAUGAGCUUCGAAGGAAGCUGGAAUCGGCCACCCUCAUGAUAAGCGCGGAAAACAAAAGCAAUCGUGAUGCCAACCAAAAGAUCGCAGACCUUAAACGACAGAUCGUCGACCUUGAAAUCGAAACUCUCUCACUCUCUCGAACCAAGAAUCAUCUCAGUGAAGAAAUAACUCUGAACCUGUUUCAGCUGCACACUGUGAAGAUGGAGAAGAGAAAUCUCGAGAUACAUCUGAAGCCAUCACAGAUCCUUGACCUGCAGAAGACUAGCCUUCACUACCGCAAACUCUAUGAAGAAAGCCAGCAAAGUGUCGAUAGGCUCAGAAAAGCCAUGGACGCGAAGAACAAGGAGAGAAAGUAA